AUGACCACAUUCCGGCGCUUUCGACCAGAUGAUGUCAACAAGUUCUCGAAAUGCAACCUGGAUCCCUUAACAGAGACGUAUGAGCUCAACUUCUAUCUUCAGUACCACGCAAAAUGGCCCUCUCUGUUUCAGGUAUGCGAGGAUUCAGAAGGAAAUAUUGUUGGAUACAUCAUGGGAAAGGUUGAGUCAUCGCCAGACGCAUACAAAUUCUCAGAGCAUUAUCUUCCCUGGCACGCCCAUAUCACAGCCCUGACUGUAGCUCCGGAAGCAAGAAGACAGGGCAUUGGCAAAAUCUUGGUCGAGCAGCUAGAAGCCGCAGCAGAUACUCACAACACAUGGUUUAUGGACUUAUUUGUUCGCAGCAGCAACGCAAAAGCCAUAGCAUUCUACAAAGAACUGGGCUAUAGCGUCUUCCGUGUUGUCAAGGACUACUAUGGCGAGCAUGCCACGGAUCCUGACAAGGACAGCGAAGAUGCGUUUGACAUGCGCAAGUCCAUGAAGAGGGAUGCAAAACACGAGCAUGUCAGAGACGACGGCGAGCAGCACGAGGUCCACCCAGAGGAUGUUUGGUGA